UUUGCUUUAUGUUAAAAAAAAUGGCAACGGCUAGAAGAAGCUGGAACAUUGCGAGGGAAAUCGGAGACGCCGUGAUCAGUGCGUCGAGAAACCCAAACCGGAGAUGGUACGGACCACACAUGGCCGCAGCGGUUCGGGCAAUCUCCGAACGUGUUCCGCUAGUAGAUUUCGUACUUGAGAUCAGAGAUGCUCGUAUUCCAUUGUCUUCUGAGUAUGAGUUGUUGAGAAAGUUUUCGCCUUUUCCGUCAAAACGGAUCAUUGUGUUGAACAAAAUGGAACUCGCGGAUCCUUUGGAGUUGAAGACGUGUAUGGAUUACUUUAAGGAGAGAAACUAUCUUUCGUUUGCAGUAAAUUCACAUAACAAUGAGCGUGUGAAGCAAUUUCUCAACUUCUUGCAGAGUCAAGUUAGGGAAUCACACAAGGCUGGUCAUUUUAGUUAUACCACAACUAUGAUGCUUCUUGGGAUUCCUAACGUAGGAAAGUCCGCUCUCGCCAACUCUCUUCAUCAAAUUGGGAGGAUUAGUGCUGCAGAGAAAGGUAGGCUAAAGCAUACAACAGUUAGUUCCCAACCUGGAGAUACUAAAGACAUAAUGAGCUUGAAGAUCGGUAGCCAUCCCAACGUUUAUGUACUGGACACGCCUGGAAUUUUCCCUCCUAAUCUGCUUGACGCUGAGAUCUGCUCUAAAUUGGCAUUAACAGGAGCUAUCCCGGAUGAUAUAGUUGGAGUGAUCGAACUAGCACGGUUCUUUCUGACUAUACUAAGCUCGAGCCAUGAAUACAAGAAAUGGGAAACACUGCGCAAAACUCAGGAUUUAACAAGAAGUUUAUCCAAUGAAAGCUCCAAGUCUGAUGGCAGACGCAAGACUCGGUACGCAACAGAUCAUACACAGGAUUUUAUAGUUUACGAUGUUCGAAGAGUUCUGUAUGAGACAAUUUCAGCAUUCGACGGAAACUUAGAAGACGAAAUCAGCAUGGGGAAUCUUAUAGAGACGCAAUUCGCUGCCUUGAGACCGGUCCUCAGGGUUUCAGAAGAAGCAAGUGAGUUUGCUGAUCUCAGAGUUGCUUCUAAGAUAUUGAAUCUAUAUAGAACUGGUAGACUUGGACGUUACACUUUAGAACAUGUCUCCACUGUAGCCAAAUUUUAACAAAAGCCUUUAUAAAAUUUAUGUGAUUGUCUA